AUGGCAUCAUUCACAGUGCUAGUGUUGCUGUUAUUAGCUCAAUGGGUAUCCUGUACCCCUGAAACUAAAUGCACUAUUAGCAAUCCUCUUCCUAUUCAAUACAAAUAUUAUCAAUCAGGAAAUCUCAACAUUGGGGGCAUUAUUUCUCAGAUCUACAUGAUUUCUGAUCUGACAACAUUCAGAAGACAUAUGUCUGAGGAUCUGGUUGAGGAUCUCAUGGUCUUCCUGCAGAAUUACCAGCACAUCCUGUCCUUGGCUUUCACUGUCAACGAAAUCAAUGAAAUGUCUUCUCUCUUACCUAAUGUCACCCUAGGCGUCCAUGUCUUCAAUAGCUAUUUCAUGGCAAGAUGGACUUACCUUGCUUCAAUGGAGCUUCUCUCCACUAAGGACAGAUUCAUCCCAAAUUACAAAUGUGAUCUCCAGGACAAUACCAUUUCUGUAAUUGCAGGACCUAACUCUCACAUCUGUCAAUACAUGGCCAACGUUUUGAGCAUUUAUAAGAUUCCACAGAUCAUUUAUGGCUCUGCUCCACUGAUGAAUAACUAUGACCAAGCUGAUUUUUUUCACCAAAUGUUUCCAGAUGAUGAUAGUCAAACUAUGGGGAUUCUCCAGUUGCUACUGCAUUUCAAAUGGAUAUGGAUCGGGGUAGUUUUUAUUGAAAACCACACUGGUGAAAGGUUUGUACAGAAUGUAUAUAGCAUGUUUUCCCAGAAAGGUAUUUGCUUUGAUUUCAUAGAAGAACUGCCCAAAGAAUCUUUUUCUACUGACAUAAGUAGAAUGGUAGAUGACUGGCUUGAAACAUACAGAAUUAUCAUGCAGAGCACCUCCAGUGUUGUCAUCCUAUACGGAGAAAACCAGAUCAUGAUAUUUUUGAGAAUGAUUCCCUAUGUUUCAGUAUUUGAAGACAUACCUGUGAAAACCAAAGGUAAAGUAUGGAUUAUGACAGCCCAGAUGGAGUUCACAUCCCUUCCUUUUCAAAAAAUCUGGGGAAUAGAUUUCAUCCAUGGUGCUCUGUCAUUUGCAGUUUCCUCAAAGGAAGUGUUAGGAUUUGAGGAAUUUGUUCGGACUCGAAACCCAGCUUUGGAAAGCGAAGAUAGCUUCAUCAAUGUCUUCUGGGAACAGGCAUUUGAAUGCUCUUUACCUAAGGCCUUCAUAGAUGAGGAGACCAGAGAUAGCUGCACUGGGAAGGAGAAGAUGGAAGAUCUUCCUGCAUCUGUUUUUGAAAUGGGUAUGACUGGCCAGAGUUAUAAUGUCUACAAUGCUGUUUAUAAUGUUGCAUAUGCUCUGCAAGCCAUGUAUUCAUCCAAAUUCAGACAUAGGACAAGGAUUAGCCGUGGGAGACAGUUUCUUCAGAAUCAACUAUGGCAGCUCCAUCACUAUCUGAGAAGUGUUUCAUUUAACAACAGUGCUGGGGAAAAGGUCUCCUUUGAUCAAAAUGGGAAAUUAAUUGCUGCAUUUGAUAUUAUUAACUGGGUGACAUUCCCAAAUCAGUCCUUUAUUAGAGUCAAAGUUGGAAAGAUAGAACCCAUGGCUCAACCAGAAGAGGUUCUCACCAUUUCUGCAGAUGACAUACUCUGGCCCACCAUGUUUAACCAGACAUGUCCUCUUUCCCUGUGCAACAGCAAUUGCCCUUCAGGUUAUAGAAAGACCAAAACUGAAGGGAAGCCAUUUUGUUGUUAUGAAUGCCUUCCAUGUCCAAAAGGGAAGAUUUCAAACCAGAAUGACAUGGAUGAGUGUUUUAAUUGCCCAGAAGAUCACUAUCCAAGCAAUAAAAAUGAUGUCUGCAUUCCAAAAGUUAUAAGCUUUUUGUCUCAUAAGGAACCCUUGGGAAUCAGUUUGGCCACCACUGCAAUUGUCUUUAUUUCUUUAACAGCUCUGAUUCUUGCAAUUUUCCUUAAGCAUAGAGACACUCCUAUUGUCAAAGCCAACAACCGGAACCUUACUUAUACCCUUCUAAUAGCACUCUUGCUCUCCUUUCUAUGUCCUUUUCUGUUCAUUGGCCAACCAGACAAGUGGGUAUGUCCCUUUCGACAAAUUGCUUUUGGCAUCAUCUUCUCCAUGGCAGUUUCUUGCAUAUUGGCCAAAACAAUCAUUGUUGUUCUUGCUUUCAUGGCCACCAAACCAGGCUCCAAAAUGAGAAAAUGGGUGGGGAAAAGGCUGUCCAACACUAUUGUCCUGUCUUGCUGUCUAGUACAAUUCACCAUUUGUGUAGUGUGGCUUGCAAUUUCUCCCCCAUUCCCAGAUUCUGACAUGCACUCAAUGUCUGAAGAAAUUGUCCUGCAAUGUAAUGAAGGUUCAACCACAAUGUUUUAUAUUGUCCUUGGCUUUAUGGGGUUCUUGACUGCGGUCAGCUUCACUGUGGCCUUCCUAGCUCGGAAUUUACCCGACAGCUUCAAUGAAGCCAAAUUUAUCACCUUCAGCAUGUUGGUCUUUUGCAGUGUCUGGGUAACAUUUGUUCCCACCUAUCUGAGCACCAAGGGUGAGUACAUGGUGGCGGUGGAGAUCUUCUCCAUUUUGGCUUCAGCAGCUGGAUUACUGUGCUGCAUCUUUUCCCCCAAAUGCUAUAUCCUUAUGUUGAGACCUGAUUUGAAUAAGAAGGAACAACUAAUAAAGAAAUGA